UUCUGUGCCAUGACGCUCCUCCCUCCAGUGUUAUGUUUACUUUACAUUUGACAGCGUACACCGGUAAUGAAGCAUCCACCUUCCCACAAACACUGAGACCUUAUGCUGGUGAUACAUGUGCUCAACUUCCCCGACAAGAACAGGCUCCAGCGACCGGUGGUUGAAAACCCAUCACUGCUGUUGGCGUAGUUGUACAGACGAGGCAACAUCUGGAGAAGGUCACACAUCAUCAGGCAAAGUGAUGCUCCUGUCAAAUCUAGUCAGUGUCAACAGACGUGUUCACAUUGCCGAUCUGAAAGCAUAGAAAUUGGUCCUCCUUUCAAGAAGCAGCCGUAGUUCAAUCUACAGCUGCCAGCCGAGCGACCGUCAUGGGGAAGCAGAACAGCAAGCUCCGGCCCGAGGUGAUGCAGGACCUGCUGGAGAGCACGGACUUCACCGAGCACGAGAUCCAGGAGUGGUACAAGGGCUUCCUGCGGGACUGCCCCAGCGGCAAUCUGUCCAUGGAGGAGUUCAAGAAGAUCUACGGCAACUUCUUCCCGUACGGCGACGCCUCCAAGUUCGCAGAGCACGUGUUCCGCACCUUCGAUGCCAACGGCGACGGCACGAUAGACUUCCGGGAGUUCAUCAUAGCGCUGAGUGUGACGUCGCGUGGCAAGCUGGAGCAGAAGCUCAAGUGGGCGUUCAGCAUGUACGACCUGGACGGGAACGGGUACAUCAGCAAGGCGGAGAUGCUGGAGAUCGUGCAGGCCAUUUAUAAAAUGGUUUCGUCCGUCAUGAAGAUGCCUGACGACGAGUCGACGCCAGAGAAGCGAACGGAGAAGAUCUUUCGGCAGAUGGACACCAACAGAGAUGGCAAGCUGUCCCUGGAGGAGUUCAUCAAGGGAGCCAAGAGCGACCCCUCCAUCGUCCGUCUGCUGCAGUGUGACCCCAGCAGCGCUGGACAGUUCUAGACCGUGCCUGUCCACUCUUUAUUGCGUGUACGGGGACCCCUUCUCCCUCCACCCUACGAGGAAGACGGACGGCGAGGAAUAUUUACAAAACAAACACACAGAACAAGGUGAUGAUGAGGAAGAGCGGCCUUCAAACACCUGCCGGGGACGACGAAGAGCGGGGCCGAAGGGGGCCAGGCCUUCACAGCUUCACCCGGUCCCCGGCCCGUUGUCCCACAGAACACCGUCUGGACCCGUCGGCCCGAGGCAGCACCCCAACGACCGCCUCAGUGCCCGGUCGACGAGGAUAUCCUCUGUUGUUUUCAAUAGGCAUGUCAUACGGUUUGUGUUGUUUAUAUAUAUAUUUAUAUAUAUUUGGACUCUGUAUCGGUGUUCCUUAGUGCCCUGUACGGCCCCCUGGAGGGUCAGCCCACCAACUGUGUAUGAUGGACAGAACCUGUGUGUGAUAGACACUCUGUUUGUGAUGGACAGUCUGUUUGUGAUAGACAGUCUGUUUGUGAUAGACAGUCUGUUUGUGAUAGACAGUCUGUUUGUGAUAGACAGUCUGUUUGUGAUAGACUGUCUGUGUGUGAUAGACUGUGCAUGAAAAAGAAAUGGAAUGCAAGAAAGAGGAUGAUAUUUUCAGAUAAAGUUGGUAAAGUGAAGUUGGUUAUCUUGAGGCAAGGGGUUAUACUGUAGUGGAUAUUAUUUCAUCUGGAGAGAAGACUUCAGAUUUUUGUCCUUCAGAGAAAAGAAUAGAGACUUGCGUUUUAGCUGUUUUGGGUUUUUUUUAUACUGUGAGAAUGGAUGUGUUUGUGUGUUUUUUAAAUUCAUUGUCAAUACAUUUCCUCCUCCGUGUGUGAUGUCACGUCAUGAGGAGAGUGUGGUCCUAUGCACGUCGGUCUCCACUAACGCCUGUGAGGUAGAACAAGCAUCACAGAGGAUCAGAUGUAUUCCACUAUUUUUUCAUCCUGGAUUUUUGAUGUCAUUGAGAUAUUUUGCAGUUUAAGUUGCUACAAUAUGUCAUACAUAAAAGAAAAGAAAGCCUGAAAUGGUUGUUUAUCCCAGUCAUAGCUGGUUAUGACUGUAGUGUAGACUGAACUACGCCUACAUUUGUAAAGCACGGUUCCAGUAUAUCAAAAGUGCAGUUUAGAAUUUGUUUUUAUGAAAUGUGUUUUCGUAUAUCAAGCAUGCCAAUUAUUUCUCUCUUUGACAUUCAUCGUGUAAAGAACAAAACCACUCUUCUUUACGUUCUGUGUAAGACAUUUGAAAUGCUGCAUGUUGAAACCAUGGACUCCACACGUUUUUCUUCAGUCAAUUAACGGGUGUGGAGAACUAAGUCAGACUGUGUUUGUAUGGGGGCCUUUGCCUGCGCUGUCUCUGUGUGUGUGUGUGUGUGUGUGUGUGUGUGUGUGUGUGUGUGUGUGUGUGUGUGUGUGUGUGUGUGUGUGUGUGUGUGUGUGUGUGUGUGUGUGUGUGUGUGUGUGUGUGUGUUGGUUCCUGCAUGUGUGUGGGUGUGCGUGUGCGUGUGUGUGCGUGCUUAUCAGUGGCCACCGCUUGAUGGCUCAGCCUGCCUGCGUGUACGGGCUUCUGUACAUCAACAUCACCUGCGUGUUACUCUCUCGCCAAAACUAGCGACUGACGGUUGCAUUUACAAUACUUCACCACACAACACCACUGAAUAGCUUUAAAAUGAGAAAAGCACAUCUAGUACUACAAUGUGUACACACUGAUGACACAAGCACAUGUCAACGUGUACAUCUUAAAAUAGACGGGGGGUAUGUUAUGGUUUUUACAUGUGUGGUGUUAAAUAUCAGAGUCGUGGUCCAUCCUAUAUCUCCCCAUCGUCCCUCUCCUCACUGUAGGUGAUUUAGCCAUAACCUGCCCUCCUCCACAAGCACAACUACGACUCUGCCUUCCCGUGACUUGCUCUGUGCACUUAACCGUCCCAAAUGAAUACACCAGAUCGUUUGGGCGUAGUAUUACGUACAUUCAUUCAGCAGGAGUCAAAACAUAUUGUGUGUCCUCGUAGCCCAUAGUACUGUGGUUUCUAAUGCCUACGACUAGUUGCUGUUGUUAAGCUAAGUCACUCAAUCUCCCCUUUGAUCUAUUUCACUAGUCAUGCUAAAACACGGUCUUCUAUGAAAGGAACAAAAUAAAGUCUCUCCCCGAAUGAAAGCAACCCAGGAUCUCUUGACUAUGACUGGGCACGUCAUACCUGAGUGGAUACCAGUUUGUUUUAGUCCUUUAAAAUGCUGUUUAUUAACUGCUGUUUUGUAAUGACAAAAAAAAAAAAAGUUUGUUGACACAACGAAGGAUUACAACUACUGUAACAAUAUUGUCGGACAGCAAUGCUUUCAUUGUUUUUGUUUUCUACCUUUAAAGCGUCCGGUGUAACAUUACUGUUAAACACAAUAGAAUCUUGUGGUCAAGUGCCAAACGAUGAUAAAAUCGGUAUUGUAUAAAUUUAUACUGUAAAAUUGUUAUGUUGAACAAAAUGUUUGUAAUUGUUGCAUUUUGUAGGUUUUGUAUAGUAUCUUGUAUGUAGUGAUUGUAGUUUUUUAACACAAAUGUUUGUUUUUUUUGUCAACUUUAAAGGGCAAGGAAUAAAUCUGCAACUUUUGUGCGCUAGCACUUUGAUGUCUUAUUUUAAAACAAAAACAUUAUUUAUGCAUGUUUAAUUUACAUCUCUUAGAGUGGGUUGAAAAAAUCCUUGGUCUAUUGUAUCGUAAAUGUUACACAAAAUGCUACAUCGUUAUCUAAAAUAGACAGCUGAGAACUUAGGUUGAGACAUAAAUAAAGUCAGUCCUACACCUUGUUUUAAAUGGUUGAAACAAUGUUGAAUCCCAAUCAGCCGAUAAGCUUGGCAUGUAAGGACCAACUAAAUGGCCCCUGAUUUUACAGCAGUCCUCCAUCCACUAGAGCCACGUUUUGCACCGCAGGAACCAGAGUUCUACCUCAUCCAAGUGAACCCACAUGACCAAUUAACACAAACAAAUUGAUAAAACUUCAUUUAAUUUAACCCUGUGAACAUAUACGUGUACAAAACCACAAGCUCAAACAACUGCAUAUAAAACUAUUUAGUUUCUUAAAAGAGAAGAAAUGAAAGGUGACAACGCUAAGGCACUUGAGGUUUAGUAGCAGGGAUCAAGGAAACAGGAAGUAGCUACAUCCUUGAGCCUCAGCGCUGGGCUCUGUAAACCAUCCAUUUCUUGGAACAUCAAAAAAUAAGAAAAACAGCGCUAAAAAAUAAGACUUGCAUACAAAACCAAAAGGCCAGUACCAAAGUCAGUGAGUGCCGACCACAUUAUCAACCGUCCCAUCACAAACCGGAGGGUUCUCCAGAUCAACACCUGACAGGUAAAAUCAGCACGAACCAAAUAUUACAAAUUCAAAAUGGAUCCAACUUUCCAUUUCAUCCUCAACUUUCCUGAGCAGUUGCUCGUCCCCAAAUACAUUAUAUUGCUGCGAA